CCGCCAGGCCACCGGGACGAGGUGGCGCGGCUGCCAGAGCCUCGCUAACUUUCUGGGCGGAAGAGGAGGAGGAGGAAGGGGCUCGGAGCGAGGUGGGGGGAUGCCGAGAAGCAGUCCGUUCCCUGCAUCCAGCACCUCCCGGCCCUUCGUGCGUCCGCCCCGCGGGGCGGCCAGCUAGGCGGCGGCGGCCCAUGUCCGGCGCGGUCGAAGCCCUCGCUCCCGGGCCCGCGGGGCCGCAGCGCGCGGCCGAGGCGGGCGGCGGCCGGCCCGGCGCCCUGGCCCAGGAAAAAUGUGAAAAGGAAGAUACUGAGAAAGAGAUAAGCCAAGCUACCAGUAGUUGCAUCACACAUGGAGAGAUGCAAGACCAGUCCAUUUGGGAAGAUCACUCAGAUAAUGAACUCAUCAGAACCCAACCUCAGCGCUUGCCCCUGCUUCAAACUUCAGCACAGGAGUCGAGUGAGGAGGAAAUAAGCAAGAUAAAAAACGGCCACACAAGUCUGAGCAAUGGGAAUGGAAUUCACCAUGGGGUCAAACAUGUAUCUGCAGACAAUCACAAGCUUUCCGCACCCGUUUCUGAAAAAAUGCAUAGAAAAAUUCAGUCCAGCUUGUCUGUGAACAGUGAUAUCAGUAAGAAGAGUAAAGUAAAUGCCGUCUUUUCCCAAAAGACAGGCUCUUCGCCUGAAGUUCGUCUUAGUCUGGGAGCGCCACUGAAACCUAUUCAGCAGAUACCAGCGUGCAAGCCUCCACUGACAGACAACUGGUGCUUGCGCAUGAGACGCACUGGUCAGGAAUUGAACCCAGGUCUCCUGCAGGGAAGGCAAGAAUUCUACCACGGAACUACCACUGCUCCCGGAAAUGUACUGAUGUAAAUCUGUUUGGUGUUUGUUCCAAGAAAUUCAGAGCACCUGGCAUGCCACAUCUUAAAAGAAGGAAACUAAGACAGUUAAGAGACUUAUUUAGAGUCGAGAAGAGUUUAUUGUACACGAAGCUUUUUGACGGCCCUUAACAAAAGGGCCUUCUUCAUAUUUCCCUCAUUGAAGAUUUUUUUGGCCACAUACUAAUUGGUAAAUCAGUUUGGGAUAAUUUCAUUAAACUAAUUUGUUUUUACAAAAACUAAUCUUCGGUCUCAUUUCAGUAAAAACAAAGUUCUUUGGAUCCUUCACGUAUUUUCACCAGUCAGCUAAGAUGCUAUUAAGUAGAAUUUUGCUGUUACCUUACUGGUGUUGGGAAGUUAGUGGCUCUCCAGCUCUCCCAACUGCAUAGGCUUAACAUUAAGGACCUUUCAUAGGACCAAAGGAUUUUGUUUUGGGUUAUGUCUGCAGGAAUCCUAACAGUUUUGGGAGCAAAUGUUGUGUUAAAGAUUUCCUUUUACGCUUUCUUUUGAGCCCCUUUGUUGCUGGAAUGUUCCUUUGUUUGUCUAAAUUUACAGUAGCUGUCAGUCUUGUGCUGAGUUCUCUUCCUAGUACACUGAAUUGUGCAAUUUUUGCUUGGCCCACUUUAAGGCAGGCACUCUUCCCAGAACCUAGUUGGCUUUGCAGAGGUUAAACACUUUUGGCAAAAACUGUAAACAUGACCUAAUAAAACCAUAAAAACUGAAAACCUUGGGAACAGGGGGAAAAAGAAUUCUUUCUGACAGUGAACCACAUGGAUGCAGACGACUCAUCUUUUUUUAAAGUUUGUUUCUCUAUUUAAGUCUCCUUGGGUGUGAUAAUUCUUAUCUUCUUUUCGCUUUAAAUAAAACCACCAUCUCAAUGCCUUUUAUGAUUCUUGAUUCUCCUGGGGAGGAUGGAGAGGCCUGGAAACUCUAACAGCUAUUUCUUUGUAGUUUAUUUUAACCUUCCCAUUACCCCAAGUCCCAAUGAAACCCCUCUUUAUAUAACACAGCUGGAAAGAGGUUUUAUUUGGCAAAGAAAAAAAAAUCAGAUUUUUUAAUUGAUUUGAAAGAAUUUAAGGAUCCUUUUUUAAAUUUGUUCGUUGUUGUUAUUUCUGUGUAUUUCUCUUAUAAAGCACAGCGAAUGUGUUUCUGUAGAUGUAUCUUGUUUAGUAUAGCUGGGAUCGCUAAAAUGAUUUUUCGGAUUGUAGCUUUUUUUGGUGCCCUUUAAUAAGCUUGUUUUUUCAGAGUAGUCCAAACUUAAUUCGUAUUAAAUUAUGUAGGACUUACGUUUUAAAAGGGUGACUUUUUUUUUUUUUUUUUUGCUAAUUUGUGUUUAUCAAAAGAGCUUAAUCUUUGGAGGCUUCUGUCAUUACCAUGUUUUACCACUCAAGUUCCUAUGUAAUCGCAACGGUCGUUGCUCUGGUUGCUCUAACAAUGGACCUUACUUUUUACGUUUUAGAGUUAUGGAUUUGUUUCUUCUGAGUGAGAUGUCCUCUCUCUCUAAGCUGCCGACCCUCUUAUGUCUGUUUCAACAGUGUGAUUGACAAUUUAUCAGUUCUCUAACUCAGUGAUGACUUUGCUCUUAUUUGUUGAAGGUUAACGUUAUCAACAGUUCAUUAAAACUGAAAUUCGCAAUAAUCUUUAGAAAGGAGAAACAACAUGAAUGAGGGCUAAAAACAGAUAGGUGAACAAUCAGCAGAAUGUUUUAGAUUUACUACUGAUCCUCCUCCCAGGAAGAUCAACUUUUAGAAGUGACCCACUCCUGUAGCAAUACCAUACCCUGUUGGGUUAGAGCACGGACUGCUGAGGUGAAUUGCCUGCUUUCUGGUCCUGGCUCUGCUACCUACUGCCUCUAUUACCUUGGGCAAAUGUCCUAACUUUUCUGUAAGUUAAUGUCCUCAUUGGUUAAAUGGGAGUAAUACUAGUAAUACUUCAUAUGAUUAUUAUUAGGAUUAAAUGAAUUAGUUUUGGGGGGAGCUUAAAACAGAAUUUGGUACAAAAUAAAUUUCUUAAAUAAAAAAAUGAAACAGUAAUGGAAACAUCUCCCCCGCUAAGAUAAUCCAUUCUUUCCCCUUUAAACUAGAUAGAUUCAUUACAUAUAUUUUUAUGAUGAUGGAUUUUAUGAAUAAUACAUAAAGAAUCUAAGUGCUUAGUAACAAUUCCUGGGGUUAUAAGAAUAGUCAGUUAAAGGUUCUUCAACGUCGAGUGAGUUUUUGUAGGAUCCUUCUCUCAGUCUUGAAAUCUAAGUGUUCCACAGUGGAAUAGAAAGGUAAUGUCUCGAUGAAGUGGUGUUGAAAUUAGCUAAUACAGGUAUUUCUUUGAAGACACAUUGAAUACAACUGGCUAGCUGCCAGUUAAACACUAUUUCCUUCUUGUUGUUAUUAGUAAUAAACCUAGCUCUUUCUAAGAUCUCAAUGAUGGUAAAGAGCUUUAGAAUAUUAUGGUAUAUUGAAUUUACUAUAUUGUAGGCUAUUUGAUUUUCCAUCUUUUAAUAUAGUUAAUAAAGUUUAGUAAACAAAAUGUGGUUUAGAGAGAUAUCAUUAGAGGUGUCUCACGAAGUAAAGCUCUUUGGUACGGAAGGAAGUGGAAAAGCAGUAUUACUCUGUCAUUAUUCACAUAGGCUAAUGUACAGAUACCAUUUGUUAGAAAUAAGCAAAACUGUUCCAAAAAUGAUGUCAGUACCCACCCAGAGAGUCUCACAAUUUUUAUUUAGUUCUUAUGAAAUAAACAUUUGAAACCAUGAAAAUCAAUCACUUUUAUCAGAAAGUAAAUUGUAUUAACCCUAGUGUAAUGGAUCCCAGUUUAAUUAUUGAAUUAGUAGUUCAAUGUGAAUACCACAAGAUGCUUACCUGUGUUUUAUUGACCACACAAAGGCAGUUAGUUGUGUGGAUUAUAACAAACUGUGUAUAACAUUGUGAAGAAUGGAAAUUCCAGAAUACUUAAUUGUGCUCAUAUUGAACCUGUACAUAGAUCAAAGAGAACAAGGGAUUACUGUGCGGUUUAAAAUUGGAAAAGGUGUUCAGCAGGGUUGUAUCCUUUCACCUUACUUACUCACUCUAUAUGCUGAACAAAUAAUACAAGAAGCUAGACCAUAUGAAGAGCACAGCAUCAGGAUUGGAGAAAGACUCAUUAACAACUUGUAGUAUGCAGAUGACACAACCUUGCUUGCCAAAAAUGAAGAUGACUUGAAGCACUUACUGACGAAGGUUAAAGCCUUCAGAAUGAAUUAUACCUGAAUGUGUAGAAAAUGAAAAUCUUCACAACUGGGCCUACAACUAACAUCAUGAUACAUAGUGAAGAAAUUGAAGUUGUCAAGAUUUCAUUUUACUUGCAUCAACAAUCAACGUCAGUGGAAACAACAGUCACGAAAUCAAACGAUGUAUUGCAUUGCACAAAUCUGCAGCAAAAGCUUCUUUAGAUUCUUAAAAUCAAAGAUGUCACUUUGAUGACUAAGGUGUGCCUGACCCAAGCCAUGGUAUUUUCAGUUGCCUCAUACGCAUGCAAAAGCUGGACAGCAAAAAAGACCAAAGAAGAAUUGACACAUUCCAAUUGUGUUUUUGGCAAAAAAUAUUGAAUAUACCAUGGACUGCCAGAAGAAUGAACAGCCAGACGUCCUUUAGAAGUGAGGAUGGCAAGACUUUGUCUCACUUACUCUGGACACAUCAUCAGGAGGGAUUAAUUGCUGGAGAAGGACUUCAUGCUUGGUAAAGAAGAGCGUACGAGGAAAAGAGAGAGACCCUCAACGAGCUGGACUGACAGAGUGGCUGCAACAAUGAGGAGUGGCCCAGGACUAGGCAAUGUUUUGUUCUGUCAUACGUAAGAUCUCUGUGAGUCAGAGUUGAAUCAGGGGCACCUAACAACUACAUAGCAUACUUAAAUUUUUUUUCUUUCCAAUUUUUGAGCAGGUAGGUGGAGAAGUUGAAAGAAAUUUCUAUUUUAGAAGGACUUUAAUAAAUAUUUUAGUCCAGUGCAAUCAUUUUAGUCAUUUACGUUAUAGAAAGCCGUAGGGCGUCUGAAUGACAGAUAAUAGGCAUAGGGAAAAGAUACCUAGGACCCAGGGCCAUUUUAUAGUAUGUAAGAAUAAUAACACACCCAUACACACACGUACAUAUAGCUACAAUUUUUUUUUUUUUUUUUGAAUGGAUGAUCAACUUCUA